UCUUUCUUCAAAAACUUUGACACAAAUAGUUUUAAGGUUGUACAUACGAAGCAUCAUCAUGCGUUAAUUUCGGUUGCCACUUCACCACUUGGAAAGGAAACCUAGGAGAUUCUGUAUUUGGUUUCGAUUCUGAAUUUAAGUUUUUUCACGUAGCGAUUCAGUUUGCAUUGAAAUUGGAACUCAACCCAUAUCACGGUUACACAAACUUAACCAGAAAGAUGCAUGCAAAACAUGAAUUUUACCACACCGGAAAACCAUCGGUUUGUAGUCAAAAGUACCUACAUGAAAGUACAAAGUUACAAAUUGGUACAUGGUCACCGUUGUACUUGCACCAGUGCCACCAUGUGCAUCUCGGUAUCUUGCGUGCCAAAAAUUUAGGUUUAUUGUGCUCAAUCUAAUUUAGUAAAUAUAUAACAUAAGUUUUCAUAAGUUUUAUUAUCCGGGUAACAGAAGGCGCGAGUGCUUGCGCGGCCAACCGAGGAGUGGGGUAAGACGAGCGCCCCGGGCGCAGUGACCACCCUGCCCGGGCAGGCCGAGCUGUCGCCGCCCGUGCUGCUGCUGCACGGCCGACCCGUCCUACGUGAGCGGGGUGCUUGACCCCCGCAUGCGCACCCACUUAUCGCCAUGCGAAAGACUUCUCAAGACGGUGGGGAUAACACUUCUAUUGCGAGUGGUGUUGAAAACGAAAUUAAAAAGCCUAUCGUUGGUAUUAUGAAAACCAAACGAAAUUCACUUAAAAGAAAAGUUCAAAACUUUAGUCACGAGUCAGAUGAUGCUGUGGUUGAACCUCUCUUACAAAAAGAAAAAUCAGAAAUUCCGAACCAAAGUGCCAAACAUUCGUUGCCAAAAAUUAAGACUGAAUCAUCAAGCGACGUAGUAAGUGACAGAGACAAAUUGUUAUCUGACGAUAGAGUAGAGAAACCUUCGCUAAGUAAUGCUCCAAGUAUUGUGGGGAAUACAUCGAUACCUAAUGGGACAAAAGAGGUGAUGAACCAUUUACCAAGAAUAUAUGAAAGUUCCGAUACUAUUCAUAAUCAUAUGAAUACUAAUAUUUUUAAUAGUCUUGACAGUGCCAAGAAAACAGUUGUACCAAAAAGUCAAAUUCUCGUGGAAAUUGAUAGUAAUAAAUCAAAUAGUUAUAAUCCGAGUCCAUUAAUAUUUACAACAGCAAAAAUCCACACGGAUGGGAAAAUAAGACAUAUGGAACCGGUGCAAGUUACCCCAGUCCCUAUUUUAUCGACGAUUGAAGGCAGCGUAAAAGCAUGUAUGGAUAAAACUCUACCAGUAUUAACCACUGAGGGAAAUGAUGUUGUUAGUACUAGUAUUAAACUUUCUAAUAUUGAAUCAAAAAUAACUAAAGACAAUCAGACUACCAAAAGUGCAAUAGUAAAUACAUUUGCGCCUUGUAUACUAUCGAAUAAUACUUCAAUAGAUAAAAAACACGAUACAGAUUUGAAUAAAAUUAUUAUAAGUACUUUGGCAAAUAAUUCAAUAAAACCUUUGGUUACAGUGGAUAUGCCCAUAAACAUUGUAAAUACUAGUAAUGCUACUGGCGUUAAUUCAGGAACGAAAGUCUUAUUCGAUAGUAAGAAACUACCCCUUAAUAUGGAAUCCAAUGGUUCUUUAAGAACAAAAGAAAGAGGAGCUGAUGUCAAUAAAAAUUUUGAAACAAAAAUUAUUCUUCAAGACAGAUCGUCUGAUGGUGAUAUUAACGUAAUUAAAGAAAUGCCUGCACAAAAAAAUGCCAUCGAUUUCAAUACUUCUGCGAGAAAUGUAGAAUCUAAUAAUCAAAAACAAAUGACUGAGAAAGAAAUCAUGGAGCCGAAGAAAGUUGAAACUACUUCAAAGUUAAGUUUUAGUAAAGAAAAUGAGAAUACUUCCUCAACAGCAUCUAAUAUAUUUGAAAAGAGACUAGAAGCAACAAUAACACCACAAUCAAAUACCACUUCUUCAAUUUUAAAUAAAUCUGUGCCAUUAGUUGCAUUACCAGCUAAGAACACUAAUAUUGUGCCUAUGGUUAAACCGGAAGUUUUAAAUAAAAUGCUGGUCUCAGAGUCAGCAAUAACAACAGAAGCGUGUAAUAAAAUAAAAAAAUCAUUUGAUGCUUCCACAGAAAGACUGGAAAUUACAGCAGCUAAUGUCACACCGGAAUCUACAUCAAUUUCAAAACCUACAGAUGUUAAAAAAAUACCGAUAACAGCAUCAAGUACAAAAACAGACAUAGCAAAAACAUUUCCAUCGCAACAAGUAUCUGUUUCUAGUACAUUUAUGUCAGCUGCAGAUGCAAACACAGUUUCAACUAAUAAAAAAACAAUAAAGCCUUCUGAAUUAAUGACAGCAAACGUGAAAUCCAAUAACUUAACUAAAACUAUUGUGACAAGUGUCGAGCCACAAAGUAAUAAAAAGCCUCAAACAACUACAGUUUCAACCUCAAGUUCUGUUGCGUCCAAUUCUUUAAUAUCAACUGCCAAAGCACAAGGAAGUUCAAUACGUACGUCAAAGCCAACAGCAUCUGGUUCAAAGUCUUCGACUUCAGUAAUUAUUUCUAAACCAAAUACAGCUUCUUUAACGUCAAAUUUAGCAAAACAAAUGCCAAAAAAGCCAUCAACAACAAAAUCAAGUAACACUACAGUAAGUUCAGUGAAAACUCUAAUAACUUCAAGUGAUAAACCUUCACAUAGUGGUUCUAUUAAACCUAUUUCAUCUAAGUCCCUGAGUAAGCAAAAUGAGUCAAAAGUUUCUGAAAGUAAAAAAGUAUAACACUGAAAGUAUAUUAUGUAUUUAGGAUAUAAAAUCAUCGCUCAAUCCAAAGUGAUAGUUUUACUACAAAUUUUAUUGUCUUCAGUUCAUGGCGCAAUGGUAUUUCGAUAACUAUAUCUAGUGUGUGUAUCUAUAUACAUUUUAUUUAACUCCUUCAAUCUCUCAAUAAUUUUCUUGUCCUACAUCAGAAACAUGUUACAUAUUGAGAUUGUUUAUGACCUAAUGAAGUAAGAGAUAAGUAAGUAUGUCAUCAUAGAAUGAAAUGAAGUAAAGAUGUUUUAAACUUGGAUGGUUUCAGGGUUUGGAUCAGGGUUGAUCUUUAUGUAAUGAUAAUAUGUAGGUAUAAUUUUGCUCAUUAAAUGGAAGGAAUUGAAAUAAAAUCAUAAGAAAUUUAUUUUUACUUAAGUGAUACAUAUUAUGUACUUACCUUAUUAAUUAUAUUUUUGAACAAAAUAUUAUCAACGACAAAUAAAAUGCAAGACGAUAUAUUGUUACAUGCAGAAUAAAUAAUUAAAAUUUUGAUUGUUUCCAAAAGAUAUACUUAUGUAUGUAGGUUAGUGGUGCUAAGAUAGACAACAAUAUUUUUCAUAGACAAUAUUAUAAUAUUUUCGAGACCAUUUAGAGAUGAAUAGGUAUGUUUCGUCUCGCACAGUGUCAAUUUAAAUUAUUAUUUAAAAUAUCAGCUUCCAAAUAAGUGUUGAGACUUAUUUUCAAAUAAUUUUAAAUAAACAUAAUAACGAGAAUAAAUAUAAAAAACGCAGGGUAGAACACAGAUAAUAGGAAUAGUAAAUUGAGGUUUAUUUUUAUCGUUUGGGAUCGAGGAUAAAUUUAUUUUCACCCAACUUCGGCAAGCAGCUGUUUGAUAAGAUGGUUGUCGAUAGCCGAUAUUGAUGAAUUUCGUGUUAAUAAUUCUGAAGUUGGGUAACAGAACUUUAAUGAUUAGAUAUAUUGACAGGAAUUCAUAGGUCAGAAGGACUUUGUAAGAUUUAAAAAUAUAGCAGAGUAUAAAAUAGGCAAACGUAUGUUCAACCCAGGACAUACCUAUGUUAAGAAAUCUGUUAUUAUUACGAAUACCCUUUUUCAUGACAAUAGUUCUAAAAUAUUCCGAAUACUUUUAUGAAAAGCUAUGAAAUAAUUUUGAAGGACUCGUGUGCACCAAAAAUGUUUAAAUACUAAGUAGGUACGUCCACCUCACAUUGAAAUCCGUCUAUUUAUUGCACAAAUAUAAUGUAACCAUCUUAUUUGAAACGUAUGUAUGCUGCCAGAACAAUUUUCCUCAAAAAUAUAAUAAUAUACUUUAAGAUUUGAUAAACAUUAUUAUUUUUGCUUUGCUUUCAUUUACUUAAAACAUAGACAAUGUCAUAUUAAAAAUCACUUCUCUGUGUAAGCUAAAGGAAUUGAUAUGCAAUACGUUUUCAGACAAUAUUUACUAAUUUUAUGUACUUCUAUUACGACGGUUCUUUAACUUCCUAACAUUAUAAAGUAACUGCUAGCUAAUUGAAUUCAAAACCAGAUUAAAAACAAAAUACCUACAUUUUGAAGAGGAAUUUGCUAAAUGCUAGCAAUGUUACUCACAUAGACUUACGAUAGACUGUAGUAAGUUUUGUUAGUAGACUAGAGGUUUUAUAGAAAAUAUAUCUUAAGCUGAAAUCCAUGUAUUUUUGAGUAGAUGUACAUUAUAUUUAAUUUAGUCUGAGAAUUAUAGCCAGGUUAUAUCUAAGACACGUGGAAAAUUAAGUAUUAAAUGUGAAUAUUUCAGUAGAAAUUUAAUACUUAAAAUAGGAGUUCUUUGCACUAUCAAAAUAUCUGCAAAUUCAAUUACUUACUUAAAUAAAUGAUUGCGUAUAAUCUGAACGUAUCUAGGUACCUACCUUAGUAAAGUUGUAUCAAGUCAAGUUAGAAAAUUAGACUUGUCGUUUAGAUAUUUUAUUCAAAUUCUAGAUUAAAUUAUAUAGAGUUUAAGAAUAUUAUCAUAUUAUUUUGUUAUAUUUUUUUAGACGAGUUUAUUUUGAUAACUCAUAUUUUAUCCUAUAGACGUAUGGAUUUAUAAAUGGACUUACAAAGUAAUAUGAUUUUUGAAAAUGUUUUCCACCUAUUUACUUUUGAAUAGGUACCUAUCCAAAUUGUGUUUUAUAAAGUAAAGUAAAGGGUUUCUAAAUGAUAAGAACAAUGGCAAUCAUGUAGUAUCAGUUCAGUGCGUCUCAAUAGGUGCGUAGACGCACGAAAGGUGUUAUACUUAUAUCAUACGUAUAACACCUUUCGUGUCGUCGUCCAUACCCCGAAGACCGGAGAUUGUCUUUCAUCUUCUGACCUCACCCCAAAACAAGACCGCACCAUUACAGGGCAAUAUGGAUAUUGAUGUACUUACAUAAUUGAUAGUGGUACUAUCUCAGAUACGUAUGUUUCUAUAAGACAAUUAAACAAGCCUAAUUGAAUAGCGAUAUCGUUGUUAACUUGAUGUAUUUUAGAGAAUUAUUGAUUAAAAAUCGAUGUUACAUAGAUGUUUAUUGUAAAUAUUAGAUUAAACUGAAGCCAAAGGAGUAUGAGAUGUUCUAGAGUGUUAUAGAAGGCUGUAUUUUUGGGUGAUAUUUUAGAGUGGGAGGCCAGGCAUAUCUUUGAUAAUAUUAUUUAACAUAACACAGCAAAGAGGAGGCGGGAAAUGAUAAAAGGUAUGGUAAUGAUGUGAUAAAUGCUGAAAAUUUUAG